UGCACAAAUAAUAGUGAUACAAAUAAAAAAAAAACAUUGACAUCGUGUUUUAGAAGAUAAGCCCUUCUGAAAUAUUACGAUGUAAUGUUUGUUUUUCAUUUUGCCAUAAUGCCAUAAUUGCACUACCCAAAAUAACUGAGACAAAAUAAAAUCAGCAUGGCUAGCCGCUGUUCUGUCACUUGCCUUGGACGUCUGUCAAUAUCGGUGUCAUUUUUCGUUUCUGCUUCACGCGUGAAGUGACGAUUGUAGUUCGUUUUGCUGGACUGUUUGGUGCGAGUAGUUUAGUGGCCAUUACAUUACAUCUUUCGGGCUGGCAAAACGAUAGCACUAUUCUACAAUGGAGCAACGCGAGGUUGAGCUGCAGCAAGUGUACUUAGGGAUAUGAAGCAAUUUCCGGAAGCGCUCGGUCUAACUAAACAAUAAAAGAAAAACGCAUGCAUGAGUGAGAAGCUAGGAAGGGGGGAACAAGCAUAACCAUCCCAUCUGUCAAAUUCAGGAAUUUUUGCGAAACGGCAAACAGGAGGGAUAAGAAUGAGUGCCGAAGAGUUUAUUUAUAGUGUGAUUGACGCUGAUAACGUAGCACAACUGGAUGUAAAUGUAAUAGCCACCACGCUGGCGAACACGGAUUUGUUAAUUCGGCAGAUUAAGGCACAGCAGGCGGAGAAUGGCAAUCUCAAGGAGAAGAUCGCUUCCCUCAGGACGUCCGCUCUGCAGAUUAAGAAACUGUACGAAGCGGAAGUUGAUAAGAACCGUGAAACGGUGAACCGUGAGGAGGAUUACAUAAGGCAGCUAAAAGAGCUGGAGAUUAGGGCUUCGGCAGCGGAAAAUGCAAAGGUCAAUGCGGAGUUGCUUGCGAAGGAAGCGGUUGCUGAAUUGGAGCGGAAACUGGAGGAGAAACGGGUGAAGUACGAUGUACUUGCAAUGGACGCGGUAAAGAACUAUACACUGCUAGCCGAAAACUCUCUGCUGACUGGUGAUCAGCAUGCUAAAUUUCGUGAUUUGAAAAGUCAUGUUCAGAAUAUGAUUCACAGUGGGAGUGAUGUGCCGGAAGAUGUUGCUGCUUGUUUGGCUAGGAGGAGAGUUUCUAAAAAGAAACGGAAAGCGGACGUCGAAUUACGUGAUCAGUCAACGAUGACCAUUUUUUCAACGAAUUCAAUCGGCGUUAACACAAUCACGGUUAAACCAGUAUUAAAGUCUUCAUCGACAUGUACAGAAGAUUUGGUAGCGCACCACGAACAAAAAUCCCUGCCGAAGAAAACGGUUGACAAAGCAACUAUGUAUUCCAGUGCGACCGUUACUCGAUCAACGUGUACGUCUGCCUUCAUAAAACGGGUUGACGUUGGCGUUAACUAUCCAGAAGUGACUCCUCGACAUGUCAACGAUAUAUUGCGAGAAUGUGUCAUCGAACUUCCGUCGCUGCUUUCUCCGAUCUUGGAUGAGAUUCCCGUCCAGAAAGAGUCGGUGCAAACCCAGACAGAUUUUGCGUUGGAUGCAAAGGAACAACAGCACCACCAAAGAGUAUCCUGUGGAACGAUUACCAAUUUGUGUAACAUUCGUCGGAAAUUAGAUUUUGUCCGCAAAUCUGUGAAUCAAUCCAGCAGUCAACUUCUCGCCAAUAUCAAGAAGGAGGAAAUUAUUCCCCCGAUGGGUUCAUUUCAGCAUUUGCACGCUGCUUUCCAUCCUGGCGAAGAUGUUGGAAUGAUUAACCCACAGCUCACCCAUAUAUGGGGAUUGUUGGGGGAUACAAUGUUCCGUCUGCUAGGCAACAAUCGCAUAUUAGAUAGUCAGUGCUACAAAACGAUCAACGAAAGGUUAGCGAUGAUACAUAGUAUGGCCGAUCCGGAUAUUCCGCCGAGUUCGGAAAUGAUGAGUGAAGUAUUUGCCGCAGCGGCUGCAUCAGCUGCUAUAGAUUCCCUCCGGCAGAAGGAUGGCGUGGGUGAAUGCACCGAUCAGGAUAAACGAGUCAAGUGCACGGAUGAUUACGAGUGUGAAGCGACGGAAAUGAAUGAGAGGGAAAUUGAGCGUCCAGAGGACGAACUUGGUUCGGACUCGAAUGCUCCAAGCACUGAUGAUGUUGGUGAAGUGGAGAACAUGCUGUAUCCUAUGGAUUGUCCGGAAAUGGAAAUUGAUCCAAACAAUAGCCCGGAGAUUCCGAUAGACGAUGUAUCAUCUGUGUCUCCUAAAAAAUCAGAUGACUCUUCUCCGGCUGACGACUCAGCAGCGCAACAAAGCAUUCCUGAUCUGUCGAAGGAAGCCGAAGAGGUUCAAACUUCUUCUACAAAAGAUGCACCGUCUUCCUUCUCGUUUUGUUCAGAAGCUAAUCUUUCAAAUACUCGCCCGAUUAUUACGAUUGCUCAACUUUCCGAAGCGCCCAGCGACAAUGUUUCUCUGGCGGCAACAAGCAAUGACUCUGAUACUGUAAAUAAUGCUCAGAAUGAAGUAGAACUCGACGAUAUCGCAAACGAGCUCCAAAGAAUGGAGGACGGUAAUGCUCCCGAUGUGCCAAAUCUCUCCGCAGUCAGCGGAAAGCAUUAUCUCGAUGUAGAACGGGUGGAAGAAUUGGUGACGUCCACUGAUGACGACGAAGGCGAUUGCAUGUCAAUCGUCCAAACCUCUCCACCGAGAGGCAGCUUAAAUUGCACGUCCAUCGGGAGCAACGGCACCUUGAUUUCGCCCAUCAAGGUGAAGGAAACAAACGAACUCGUCAAGGAUCAGUUCAAAACUCCAAUAAGUCCGGCGAUAAGCAAGCGAAAGCUCAGAGAUAAGCUCGAAGGUUCACCAGCAGCAAAACGAGGACGAAUGUCUCCAACCACAGAAGCACUGCUAGGUGACGACUGGGAUCGAAAGUUUUCCCAUAUAAAGGAUUACUUUGCACUCCCGCUGAGUUUGAAUCCGAUUGAGGAUGAUUCUGACGAGGAGGAAGACGGCGACUGCGAAGAUGAGGUAGUUCAGCACAUAAACGGACGUAGUGAAGAAGCGGUUCCACCUAUCCGAACUGAAACCAACGUACCAGUGUUAAAAGUUUCUCCUGAAAUUCUCCCAGCCAAAGACAUCCAAUGGAAUGAUUUCAAGGUACCUCUCAGAAUUGAUACUCGUGAAUCGAUCCAGAGUGUCUCGGACUCACCGGAGUCACCACCGUUGGCGGAUUCGCCUAUGUCUCCGAUCCUGAGCUCAACAAAAACUACGCUCAGCGGCUUCAGUUGCGCUGAUUCUCCUAUGUCUCCUCCGCUUGAAGGGCGUGUUUCGAUGUACAGCGAGGAGAUUGAACCAAGGAUCAUUCCCUUGGAGAAUGUUAUUGCGAAUCGAUUGUCCCUGGAAUAUGACAACACGCCGAUAGGCAAAACCAUUGUUAGAUACAAUAACGUCAGGCGGAGGGAGGUAGUUCGGAAAAUAACUUCGGGAAUCUGUGAUAAGGAAGCUAACUUGGUACGCCGAGCGGUGGAAGUAAUCAAAACAUAUCUCGAGAACGAAUGGACGGUAGAAAGUGUCAACAAGAGCAGCGUAGAAUUGCUGGCAGUGACUAGCGACACGAGAUUACUAUCUCUGGCUGUUAUGGAUUGUGCUGUCUCCUGUGGAGACGUAGAGUUGGAUAGCCAAUGUUCCCCUCCAGCACCUGCACUGCCGAAGAGUAUCCAGCGGCUGGUGCUGUUGGUCAAAACGCUGAACGAUUCGUUAUUUACCAUGGACAAAAUAAUUAUUCAGGAGCUAGACAAAAAAGUUUUCACUUUCAAAUCCGAAACCGGGAAUAUCGAAGCAACUACAGCGCUGACCCAUUUGUAUGUAGGUAUCGCCGAUAGCAAUCGACUGCUCGGUUGUACAGCAAGGCUGUAUAUUUACAAGUGUCUGUACUACUACAAUUUUAAGGGGCUGCCCUUGAUUUACAACGUACUGAAAGCCUUCCCGCAUGCCUUACCGAAAAAAGGCAGUCAAUACUAUGAUAACUCCGAUGCUAUGGUAAGCACUAUUCGAACAGUUCUGAUGAACAUCAACUAUUUGGAGCGUUCGAGCAGUCCCAACGCUCAUGUAUAUAAAAAGGCCGAAAUGCUCAAGUUACUCAAAUAUUUCUACGGCUAUCAGCCGGGGAUGCCUACCUAUCAGGAACUGAUAAUCAACUUGGUCGACAAAAUUAAAGCUAACAAACUGAAGAACGUAGACUAUUGUAUGAUUCUGUUGGCAAAGCGUAAGGGAUACGUUUGGGCCAAAGACCACAUCGUCGAGAAGUAUCUCUUUCCUCUCCUCAAUGACUACCUCAAGCAAAUGGAUCCGGACGGAUCGCUGGAUGAUCGCAUCUGCUGUCUUAUAUUUGUUAUCACCGCGAUUCUUAAAACCCAGCCAAACUUCGAAGAUGUUACUGGAAUAAUGCAAAUUCUUGGCAGUAUCGUAGAAAUGGCUGACGGAAAUCAGAAGAUACAGGAAGCAGCUGUUGCUGGUCUGCUGCGGUUCACUCGUUUCGUUUACACAGACAUCUAUGAGUGGUUGUGCCGGUGGUGUCCUCGCUACCGAGUCAGCGGCAAAAUAAAGCUUUUGCUGGCAACUUUUGUCCACCGGAAAGAGAACCGGUUCUGGCAGCAACUAAACCAACGGGAGAUCGUGUAGUCUGUGAUUGAUGAAAAAAAUCUAAAUUAUUUAUUUUACUAAUACAUGCAGGAAUGAUAGUGUUUCCUGCGGACAUUGUCUGAACAUGGAACUAGUUUUGUCGUGACAUAAAGUUGAAUUUAUUUUUCUAUAGAAAAUUGCAAGUUGAACUUUUUUCUAAACAAAGUAACAUCGAUGCGUGAGUUUAAUCCAGAAAGAAUGGAGUAUGAGCGUGUGAAAUUGGGUUUUCGUGUAAAUUGAAAUGUUUUAAGCAGUCUACCGAAUAGACAACUAGUUUUGUAAUGACUAAAUUGUACAUAGAGCUUAAGAAAAUAGCUAAUAAAUUAUUACUGAGAAUCAAUCAAGUUUGUAAA